AUGACCGACUGGCUCUACAACAAACACCAUCUAGGCUAUGACGCCACGAACCCACCUUUCCCACAACCAGCGACGCCCCACCUGGGCCCCUCAACCAAAGAACUACUGCACAGCCUCCGUCUCAAAGAUGAGCUCAAGUCCAUCAACGACGACACCAACAACAACAACAACCAACCACCACAAGUCUACCGUGGCUAUUUUGCAACUGCAAACGACGCCCGUACCCUCGCUGCCCAACGGCCUUGCGACCCGACCUUUCCCAUGGUGGACUCGCAGAGGCGACACCUAGUCCAGCAGCUCGUCGAGGCAAUGGCCUAG